AGCCCGUCUCGCUCGGAGAGACGGGUAGAAAGGGGGAACCCAGUGCUCAUUUACCGCUCCCGAAUGCGAGCUGCAGGCCCUCUCGGAAGGGUCUCCUUUAGCAGGGACUGACUUUACCGAGGGAGACACCGCCACUCUUCUGGAUUUGCCCAUCCUGCCCUGACAUGGUCCAUGCAUCCUCUGGAGAGGAGGCUUCUCUUCUUAACACCCUGUCCCUGGAGACAUCCCCGCACUGCCCUGCAUCUAAUUGACUGUUGUCUCUGGUGCUCCAGGAACAGCCAGCCUUCACACAGCAGCUUUUGAAAAAGAGUAUCUGACUUGCUGCCUCUAAGAUGCCCCUCAGUUUUGUCUUCAGAGGGAGAUACAUGGUCCAAGAUACUUUCUCAGGACUAACAGAUCCGUGUCUGUGCGAGACUGAUGCUCUGCGUGGCCUUCUGGAAUAUCUCCUGACUUCGCACACAUGCAAACCAUCUCACUUUGGCACCAGGAGUUUGCUGCUGCAGUCUGCUGCUCCUUCCCUCCCUCCUGUUCCCUGAAGCCUAAACUCUUCUCCAUUUCUUCCAUCACCAUGGCCUGUGGAAGAUCCCUGAGUGCAAGUUGCUGCUGGGAAAAACUGAGGUAGAACUGAAAUGGAGGACUGAGGAGCAAGCAAUAUCAUUCACCAGUUAGCAUGAUCUGGGAGAGUGUGCAUUGUCCUUGCCUGGUGCUGUCAGCACUGCCCUUCUUGAAGAGACGGACUUCAUCCUACCACCCAUUCAAGGAAGUCCUGCAGCUUCUGAAAAUAAUCCGUUCCUUGGUGUUGUCUCAGGAGCAAUCAAUGAUCUGCUGUUUUUCAUGGGGACACCACCAGCAAAAUGAGCCUGUCUUCCCUUGCUGAAUCCCUUGACCUCUCUGUGAGGAGGAACUCGAAGCUUGGCAUUGCCCCUAAGGCAGGAGUUGGAUCCGAAUGCAUCCUCAGCCUGCUGUCUUAGAGCUGUUCCUGCUUAAGGUCAAUGAGAACAUCUCCUGCUAAUUCAUCAUGACAUAAUAUGUGGUCUCCUGCUCCAACCACGGGAUAAGUUUCUUGCUUCCUCUUGGUCUACACAGAUGUGACUCCAGGUGUUCAGCUGCCUUGUCUGGUACAGCGCCCUGGGAUGCCAUCGGGAGCUCGAAUGCCCCAUCAGGGGGCUCCCAUGGGUCCUCCAGGCCCCCCAUACGUCGGAAGCCCCUCUGUGCGACCUGGAAUGCCCCAGACUGUGAUGGAAACAACAAGAAAACGCACUGCGCCGCAGCAGGUCCAACAGCAGCAGGUGCAGCAGCAGGUGCAACAGCAGCAGCAAGCCACUCAGAACCGAGCUAGGAGUGCCAAGAGGAGGAAGAUGGCUGACAAAAUUCUCCCUCAGAGGAUAUUUAGCCAAUUUUUGCUGCUGCUGUUCACUGACCACCAUGUGGAAUUCUCUGCACAGAUCCAUGCCAUAAUAGCUGUCCUACUGUGGUUUGGUCACUGCAUGGCUGUUGUCCACCUCUUUCUCCAUCUGAGCCAACCAGAGAUCCGGGAGCUGGUUCCUGAGUCCCAGGCCUACAUGGAUCUCUUGGCCUUUGAGCGCAAACUAGACCAGACCAUUAUGCGGAAGCGCGUGGAUAUUCAGGAAGCACUGAAGAGGCCAAUGAAGCAAAAGCGGAAACUGAGACUUUACAUUUCCAACACAUUUAAUCCUGCAAAAUCAGACGCUGAUGACUCAGAUGGCAGCAUUGCUUCGUGGGAGCUGCGCGUGGAGGGGAAGCUCCUGGAUGAUCUCAGCAAACAGAAACGGAAGUUUUCAUCUUUUUUUAAGAGUUUGGUUAUUGAACUGGACAAAGAUCUUUAUGGACCUGACAAUCAUCUUGUGGAGUGGCACAGAACUCCCACGACCCAGGAAACGGACGGCUUCCAGGUGAAGAGACCUGGGGAUGUCAGUGUGCGAUGCACAUUACUCCUCAUGUUGGACUACCAGCCUCCCCAGUUUAAGCUGGACCCACGGUUGGCCCGUCUGCUGGGGAUCCACACACAGACACGCUCAGCCAUCAUCCAGGCUCUCUGGCAGUACAUCAAAACAAACAAGCUGCAAGACUCCCACGACAAGGAGUACAUUAACUGUGACAAGUACUUCCAGCAGAUCUUUGACUGUCCACGGCUAAAGUUUUCUGAAAUUCCUCAGAGACUCACUAACCUACUGCUGCCACCAGACCCAAUAGUGAUAAACCACAUCAUCAGUGUUGACCCCAACGAUCAGAAGAAGACGGCUUGUUACGACAUAGAUGUAGAAGUUGAAGACCCAUUAAAAGGCCAGAUGAGUAGUUUUCUUCUCUCAACAGCUAACCAACAGGAGAUAACAGCAUUGGAUAACAAGAUUCAUGAGACAAUUGAGUCCAUAAAUCAGCUAAAAAUACAACGUGAUUUUAUGCUGAGUUUCUCCAAGGAUCCCAAAGGAUACAUCCAAGACCUUCUCCGGUCCCAAAGCAGGGAUCUUAAGGUGAUGACUGAUGUGGUUGGAAACCCAGAGGAAGAACGCAGAGCCGAAUUUUAUCACGAGCCAUGGUCUCAAGAAGCUGUGAGCAGAUACUUCUACUGCAAGAUCCAACAGCGCCGACAGGAAUUGGAACAAUCUUUGGGAGUGCGUAACACAUAAGUACUGCUCACAAGAUUCUGUUGGCAUCAUGACCACCAAACCAGUGGACUUCUCAGUGUUACUUAGCUCACUGUUACACAUGGACCUGCUUCCUGACUGGAUGAGAGCGUGCCAUCAACACACCAGUCAGAACACCAGCUUUAGAGUGACCCUUGAAAAUCUUGCCCAGGACAGGUGUCUCAAACCAUUCCAAGCCAGAGACAGCAUCAUGAAAGUGUCAGUGUGGAAGAAGACUAAAGGUUCACUCAUCAACGCACAUCGUUACGUUUUAGUGCAAAGUUAGACACUACACAGCAAAUCCUAAUGGCUAUGCUUAGAAUCAUGGGUGGCACCGAUGGGGGAGGUUGAGAUGGGUGUUAUAGGAGACUACAGGUUUAGAGAAAUAAACGCAGUUCUUACCCUGUGGUACACAAGAGUCUCAAACAGUAACUGACCUGGAAUUAGACAAGAUAGUUUUUCUUAUAGCUGUGGAAUGCUUUGUAUUCCUGAAGAGAGUUUUUGUUUCAGCUGGACCAGUGCAAGAAGCUGUCUCACUGUCUGAAAGAACAAACUGGGAGCAUUUGCAUCCUGGAAUGCAGAGCCAGUCUGGAGGAGAAGACAUAUAGUCAGGCCAUCUUUUCUGCAGAUGCAAAUAAUUUCUCUUCCCCUCACCCCGGCAGUGAAAGGUAAAGUGAAUCACAUAUCACUAGAUGGGUAUGACCCAUACACGGUACUGAGACAAAGAGAAUCAUUCCUGGGAUAAGAGCUUCUUAUGCAUCCUUAAUAUCAGUGGUAUUAGCAACAAAUGAGGCAUUCUGAGAAAGCUAAAAUAAUGUAAUGGUGCUUUGCUGAUGCCUGCCUUUAACACAGCAGAUGUUAACAAUGCGUACAUAUGUAAAAUACCAGAUUAUUUUAAUGUUUCUGUGUGUGACUGUAGGGUUCAUCACUGAAAAGAACUUCCUGAUUCUUGGUGUAGAAUCCAAGAAGCUUAACUUCAUGUCACAUGGUAGUUUUUUCUUUACUUCAAGAGGUUAACAGAGUCCCUGGAUUGGUCUCACAUUUUGAUCAUCGGUGAACUGCCUCUUACUAUGAAUUGUUUAGCUCUCCCAUACAUGAUACGUGCUGGUUAUUUCGGAUGCUGUUGAGUUAUAAAGCGCUAUCAGCCUUAAAUAGCACAGAGAACAUAUCCCUUGGAAAUCAUCUUCUUUGUAAAUGUACAACAAAUUCAGACAAUGGGAAUUUAUGGAACAAUUACUUGGAAGCAGGGACAUCUUCCUCAAAUCCUUCCCCUCCUCAUUUUUUGUAGUGCACAGAUGAGUUGUAAUUAAAGGAUUUCUAGUCCAAAAAACAGCUGCCAAAGUAUAACUGUUCAUUCGAUGUGGCACUCAAAAUCCUCUUCUAAGUUACUCUUUUUCACCUCCUUUCACUUCCUUGGAAAGAAUCAAAUUCACAUGUGGUAUGGAAAGAAGGCAGCUCUUUUGAAUAAAUGUGGUUUUUUCUCUAGUAUUGCGUUUUCUGCUGUCUUUGCCAAUUUCUCUCUUAGUUUUAACUUAAAAGUUUCUUCUGUUCAGUCACAGAAGAGAUAGUCUUCUCUUUACCCCUGCAUUUAAUAUCUUUGUUUUCACAUUAAUAGUGCCAUAGCUUUUAGUCCAUCAUUUGUGUUCAGAGAUGUCUUGGAAAAUUUACUUUUGAUUGAAUUUAUGUGAUGGCAGUACUCUCACACAAAACCUGUUGGUGUGAGAAAAAGUAUGACAGUCCCUCAUUGUCUGAGGCCUUUUAUUGGGAAUGGCUUGAUUUGGAAUUUUUUCCCUUUUGUGUUAAAACCUCUUUCCACAGUAAAAUGUGAAAUCAUGCAGUCUUAAACUGGUUAUACUUAGGGGUUGUGAGGCUGCCACAGUGAUUGACUAGAAAUGUUACUUCGUUUAGGACUCUGCUAAUUGGACAACAGGCAAGCAUUAUGAGUAAAAAACAGUGGGGGCCAUCUGUGACUGUGCUUCCGUAUUUGUUAUGCUGCUGUGUCCGUUGUGUGCAUGCUGCUCAGUGUAUAAAACUCUUGUCUGUAUGUGGCAAACAGAGCAGCUACAUUCAGGGGCUAUGCUCAGUCUGCAGGAAUAAGAAAUGCAGAGAAAGAUAGGCAAAGAUAUGAGAAGGACUGAGAUAGAUGCCUGCAGAAUGUCUGCCAGGGAAUUCUGGGUUUUGAGAACCUUCCUGCUGAAGUAGCCAAUAUUUGAGAGUAAUACCAGUCAUUUGCCACAGCUGACAGGAUACUGGAGUCCAGCCUGGUUUUAGAGCCUCUGAAUAAUUAAUUGGAUGGAUCUGGUUCCAAGUCUCUUUCAGAGCAAAUUAACAAAACUAAUGUGGUGUUGGUGCCAGUGUUCACAACUGUGUCACUGAAAGCUGAAACUAUCAAGCAGCAGUGUUAUACUGAAAGGGGUGUGUGCAUGAAUCAGCCACUGAAGAUGGCACUGGAGAUAGCAGUCCAGAAUCUAAAUAUUUCACUGUCUAUAAAAAAAGACUGGUCACUACCUGUGAGUCUUGGGAAUAGCUGUCAGGUGUCUUUCCUUCGGUUAAACUGGGGUUUGAGAUUCUGAUGCCUUUUUCCUGUGUUCAGGAACUGUUUGGGUGUUUUACUGAAGACAGAGAAAAAUUUUGUCCUUUGUUCCACAGGUACAGCUAAGAGCUUGUGUGCAAAACAAAAAUUUUAUUUGAAGAAAAAUAAUGGAGCAAUACUGGAAGCAACUAGACCAAGUGUUGCUUGAGCAUUGAAAAUGAAAGGUAGCGGCACCGAACAGUCAGAUAAUUAUGGCAGACUGUGAAUGAGGAAUUCAUUUUAAGUUCAGGAUGGUUGUCUUUUUGUGUGUAUAAAAGAUGACAAGAUGUUUCGGGGUCUUCAGUUGCCACAGUACAAUACAGAUCUAUGCAUACUGUAAAAAAACAUUCUGUGCAUAGAAGUAGUUCAUGUAUAGAUGAUAAUAUAGAUUGUUAGAAAAUAGGGCAUCAAACUAGGAAAGGAUUCAACAGAGUUCUGGAGUACCAGUAGUAGGGAAACGUAUCUUGGAGCAAGAGUGUUGACACGGCAGGUUAGAAACAGUUUUAUUUAGUCUUCUGGGUUGUUGGCCAUGAGGCAGGAAUCAGAUUAAAUGUUUCUUAGAGAUUGAAGGGGAAGCAAAUGUUCGGUUGUGGAAUAAAGAGAAGAAUACAACAGUGGGAAAGGAAAUUAAAAAAUGGAGCAGAGUGCCACUGAAGCGGCAGUAAGACGCAGCACAAGGUAACGUGCAAAGCACUCUUGGAAAUAGCACAGCCCACGUGAGUCUGUGCAUUCUGUGUGCUCGUGUGUGUGUGCGGACAAAGAGAGCUUUUGGGAGAGACAGUCACAGUCAGUGUGUAGCCUGGGAAGUGGGAGGCAAGGACAGAACCAAAAGUUUUGUAAGUAACUUUGAGACGCACUGUCGAAGCAUUUUCACUGUUACCAGCAGGGAUUCAGUUGUUCGACACAGCAGGGUUGGCAGCUGUAGUGCAGACAUCGUCUCAGCUGGCAGGUUUUUUACACCACAUUGUUUAGAACUUAUCCUGUGGAAGCCAAGUGAAAAUAUUAGUGUAUAAAUCAAUAUUGGUGCAUAUCCUAGUGCUCCUAAUUUUGCCAAAAUGCUAAUUGGGUAUUUGGGGGUUGUUGGUCUGGUUUUGUGUGGAGAACUCUUUCAUGGCAAUACGAAGAGAUAAGGAGAGAAAGAAGGCUCUUUUUUACUAAAGAAAGCAGUCUCCUUUCUGUAACUGCUCUGUUGUUUAAUAGAAUGUAUCUGUUCUGCCAGAUCCUGUAUUAUAAACAUCUUUUCCAAACUCACUGAAGAGAGGAACUCCAUUUAAAAAAUACAUCAGUGAGUUUGUGAGAGUGAGCAAAUACGUGUAUAAAGCAUAGGGGGAAGAGAGAGAGAGACUCUCUCUACUCUGUAGCCACCAUAGCCAUUGUAUGAUGCCGAGUGAUUCCUAGAACAGCUUUUAACAAUAAAUACUUUGUUUCUUUGUA